UAGACACCCACAAGAGUUUUAGAAGAUAAGCUUUCGAGAGUCAAGGAAACUUUGACUCACAAAAGUUUAUUCCCUGAAACUCUUGUGGGUCUCUAAAGUGAUGCUGGACUCUAAUCUAACUGUUCUAAUACAGACUAACACUGCUACCCUCUGGAAAUGUCUGGUAUAACUUAAUUUAGAAUAUUGUGAUCUUAAACAUAUUUAUUAGGAAGCAUGUAGAACUUAACAAUAACUUAAUUCAGAUUGGAACACAAGUGUUCAGAGCUUGGUUUCUUACACCAUGCUAGGAUGGGAUUCACAAAUUGAGCUCUCAGGCAGCUGCUAAGGACUUGCUGUUUAAUGGAUCUUACUGCCUACUCCCAGUAAACUGUCUCUUAACGUUGCUGCUUCCUAAUUUUGAGCAAUGGCAAGGAUUUCAGCCCACACCCCUUCUCCUGGAACUCUCUUGCUCAUGGAGGGUAGAGGAGAAGUCACCAAGAUGCUAGGCAAGAGUGAAGAGGGGAUGAAAUAAUGGGAGUAACAUCUGCAACAGGUCCUGCACCUUACAUUAAUUGUCCACCUGCUUUCACCCCUCAUCCUCUCCAUUGUCUACAACUAGGAAAAUCUUGUGUCUCUCAUUAAUAUUAAUCAAGAAUACUUGUUUAUUAUAGCACUGUCAGAUGCUAAGAAACCGCCUCCAAUGUGUUGGAGAAAUACUGCAUUGUACACACUACUGGGGAAUAGGUACCAUUGCAUUCAAUGAAACUUGUUUCUGAAAAAAAAUCUACAAUUAGGUUAUAAGGCAGUUGCUAAUCUUUUGUGCCAUGGCAUUUAUUCCUGGGACUGUGCUAACUGCAGGGUAUAUAAUUGGAUUUCUUAAAAAGAAACUGACAAAAGGAAAGGAACUUAAAAAGAAACAGUUUGAGCUGAUUUCAUCUUCUUUUUUUGCCAUCAAGUCACAUCUGAUUUAUGGUGGGGUUUUCAAGGUUAGAUACGUUGAGAUGUCAGCCCAUUAUGCUGACAUCUCAACUUACAGCAAACUUACCGCGAUCAGAAGUAGCAUUUACUGUGCCGCCUUUGUUUCGGGGCAUGUUUGCUGUUUCUACCCAUUGCCCUGUUUCCCCACACUUCUUGCCCUGUCUGCAGCGUGGCAGGCAUUACCUUGUACCCUGGGCUUCAGCAUUUCUUGUUGUGGGGCUGAGCAGCAUUAUGUUAAUGGAAUUGGCAGCUCCACCCUGUUCAACCCAGCUGCAUGCAUGUUCCCAUUGAAUGUGACUGGACAUUCCCAUCCCCACCCCCCUGCCCCAGAAAAACCCUUCAUACUAGUCCAAUGGCUAUAAAAAUUCAAAUAUUUUAUGCAGCACGUAUCACAAUUUAUAUUGCUUGGAGAUUUCAGGGAUGAGUGCUCUUUUCACCAAUGGGGGAGCUGCAAUGCAAGUGCUUAUCCAACCACAGCUGGAGAAAUCAUGUUGGUAUUUUUUAGGGGGAAGAGGGGAGAAAAAAAUUGUUUUUGGAAAUGCAUAAAAAGCAUCAUUUUUACAAUGAUUAUGUUUUUAAAUUGAUAUAUUGAUAUCACAAUAUAACAAAUAACAAAACUGAAAUAAUAAAUCUGAAAAGAUUUAUGCUGCCUGCCCAUUGUUUCCAUUCUCUGGCACGAGGAAAUGGGAGGGGUGAAGGUCUCCCAUCCAAAUACUUGCCAGAUCAACUCUGCUUAGCUUGUGAAAUCAGGCUAGCCUGGACUAUCCAGAGCUGAUUUUAAACAGCAAAAUUGCCCCCCUGUUGGCACGGGGAAUGCCCCGAUGCAAUCAGGAGUUCUGCACAGCCCUCGGCGCUGCAGCAUUUCUGUCACAUUUUUGCCCCAGUGCCACCCCGGCUUUGUUCUGCGAUUUUCCAGAACCACAAAGGUUGAGGUUCUUUUGGAAUGCCCCUCUGUUGCUCCAGAGGCUUGCAAUGCUAUGCAGAACCGAGGCCACUUUUCCUGCCUCACCGCUCUGGCCUCCCCACCAAUGGACAGGCACUGAGAAUCAGCAAACCCCCCCCCCCCUACAUGGGGUGGGGAAGGAGGGGAAAACCCUUGUUUUUUGAAAGAAAAGCGGGGUGUUCAGGUAUCGUGAACGGUUGGAUUUUUCAUGGAGGGGAGCUGGGACAGCCGAUUAUCUGACACAGAGCUUGGAUUUUUCAGGGAGGGAAGCUUAUUUGAUACAGAGCUUGGGUUUUUCAGGGAGGAGAGCUGGGACGCCCAACCAAUGGACAGGCACUGAGAAUCGACACCCCACCCCCCUUGCACUGGGAAAAAAUGGAUGGAGAAUCCUUGGGCAGAAAAGCGGCAUCUUCCCCCCCCCCCCCCAAACAAGGGAAUCCCUGCCUUCCCCCACACAUGAGAGGAGUUUACAGAGGGGAAACAGCAGUUCUCUCACACAUGCUAGGAGUUUGCAGGGAGAAAGCAAGGAUUUUUGAUUGGGGGGGGGGCGAGGGUGCCAAUUCUCAGCACCUGCCUGUUCUGUUUUAGAAAUACAAAAAAGAUACUGAAUGUGAGUGGGGGGAAUGGGGUGAGAUUCAGCCAAUCCAAACAUAGGAAACAGAGGCUGCCUGCGCAAGCGUGCAAACAACUGUGGAAGAGCUCGUGGUACUUUUGAGAAAACCUCGGGCUUGUGGGGAACGAUUCGGGGCUUCCUGCACUCACCCUGAUUCAAGCAAAGGAAAGAGCCGGGCAGCAGUGGGGAGCUACAAGCAGGGUGAGAAGCUCCGCAGCAGAUGCGCUCCUGGAUAUGCCAUGGGGCAUUUGGAAAGUGCAAAAUAAGCCCAGCCUGUAUUCAUCACAGGAACAUCAUUUACUGAAUUUGGGUUUAAGUUUUGUUCCCACUUCUGGAUACAAUCAUUUUCAGACCCAGGGCAUUCAUAAAUUAUUUGCUUUACCUUGGAAGAACAUGAGUGGGUCAAAUCUUGCAGAAAGAGUGGAAACUUGGCUUUCAUCUGUGUGGCACAUAAAAGUUCCAGUACAGUGGCUACAAGCUUGUAUUGACUGGAUUCAAGAAGAAAAUGGAUUUAAUAAUUUGACUCAGGCUUAUAUUAACAAGCAAGUUUUUGAGCAAUGGCUUCUUACAGAUCUCAGAGAUCUUGAAUAUCCUGUUCUGCCAGACUGCAUUUUAAAUACUCCAAAAGGAGAGCUAAAAGGCUUUUACUCCAUACAGAUUGAUUCAGUUGUUGAUGUGAGUCAGCCUGCUUAUUCACAGUUGCAAAAAAUAAGAGGGAAAAAUACUGUAAAUGAGGACAUUACUGUAGAUACACAAGGAACCCAGAAGUCCUGGGAAGCAAAGUCUCCUCGAAUGCUGAUGCUGAAACUGACUGAUGGCAUAAAUCAUAUUCAAGGUAUGGAAUACCGAUCUGUUCCUGUUCUUCAUAGCAGCCUGUCUCCAGGCACCAAAAUUAUGAUACAAGGGAAAGUGGCUUAUCGUUUAGGAGUUAUUCUGCUUAACUCAGAAAAUGUGAGAUUAUUAGGAGGUGAAGUAGAUAGCCUUAUGGAGGAAUAUGCUGAGGAAAGAGUUCUUGCCAAUCUGAUUGGAGAAGAUGCCUUCCCCAGCACUGUCAGAUCUGUUACUGGAGACCCUGGGAUUUCCAGACCUAUUGAUGAAGUAGGCCAAGUCCUAGAACUUUCUGAUGAAGAGCUUCUGGCUAAUCUAGAAGAAAAUGAAGAACUGAUGAUAAAUGAAGCCCCUCUUGAAAGUGGAUAUUGCAGCAGAAGUACCAGUUCUAAUUCGAACACAUACUCCCUUCUUCCCAGUAACGCAAGCUGCUCAGAUCAAAGCUCUGCAAUCAUUGCUGCCAAUGACCAACUACCUAUUCCAAUUUCAGAACACGUAGGAGAAGAUUUAGAUGAAUUUCCUUUGGAUGAUGAUUUGCUUUUAGUAGAAGAGAUCCAGGAACAACCAGAAGCACAAAACAGAAAAAAAUCACCUAGCAGGGAAGAUAAAUCUGUUAAAAGAGGAAUGUGUGAUGUAUUUGAUAAUGGUACAAAUGAUGCUUCUUUAUAUCUGGAUGACUGUUCAAAGAAUAAACGUGUACAUAAGAGAUGCUAUACAACAGAUGUAAUUAGGAACAAAGAAAAAAUAUUUGAUAUUUCUAACAGUGGAGGCACCAAUGCAGCAUCUAAUCAAUACUCUGACUAUAUACAGGCUCAAGGAAUAGCUACCCUUUUAGAUAUGCCUCCUUUUACAUAUAUUUCUGUUCUAUUAAGUAACAAACCCAAGGGUAUGACCAAUGUGAAAGUUAAAGCCUUUAUUGUUACUCUUACAGGAAAACUCACAAGCAGCAGUGGCUUAUGGAGUAUAACAGCAAAAAUAUCUGAUGGUACUGCUUAUUUAGAAGUUGACUUUGCUAAUGAAAUUCUAAUAAGCUUGAUUGGUUUUUCAGUGCCUGAAAUGAAGCAAAUGAAGAAGAAUCCCAUUCUGCACCCUAAAAUUAAGGAGGGUUUACAGAAUUGCCAAAGAGAGCUAAUAGACCUCUGUUGUUUAAUGACUAUUGAAUUUAACCCCUCUGAAGCAAAAGCAACAGUUAUUGUUUUGCAAGAUUUUAAUGCAAAUGACUUGAACAAUUUAAAAAGGCGCCUAAAUAUAAUUCACAUGUAAGGGACAAAUUUAAUUUCAAUUGUAAGGAAACUGUUAUAUCUGAAUAGGUUACCAGUUAUCACAUGCCUUUUUGGCUGGUUACUGAGUUCAGAAAACAUCCAUGGUAAUCUUUUAAUAAUGAAAAAUUUAGUUGCAUUUCUCAUUUAAAAUGUCUUUGAUUUAGCAAAGGUUUUUUUUAACUAUGUAGAAUGUUGGAAAUUCAAGAUUACUGUAAUAAAUGAAAUCUAAACAUGAAGAUGUUUAGCCCUAA